AUGUUGGCGCCUAUCCUUACCGCUGUUCUAUGCGCUGGUAGUGUAUGGGCUUACAGCGAUCCACCUUCAGGCGCCGUCACCGUAGGCUCAUCUGGGACGUAUGCUACCCUGUCAGAAGCACUAAACGAUACCUCUAGCGACAUGUACUUCGUCCAUGCUGGCACCUAUACCGAACAGGUUUACAUCAACAGGAGCGACAUCAAGAUUUAUGGUGAGACCACGACUGACGAUAAUUACACCAGUAAUACGGUCACCAUUAGUUACGGCUUGGGAGCGAGUGAAGCAGGCUCGAACGAUGCUAGCGGUACAGUCCGUGUUCAUGCAGAGAAUGUUGCGCUGUAUAAUCUGAACAUCGAGAAUUCCUUCGGCGAGGAACAAGCUAUUGCUUUGAGUGUCCAGGCUACCGACUUUGGUGGGUAUGGACUGAGUAUCGUCGGCUAUCAGGAUACUCUUCUGGCGAACGUUGGCUAUGAAUUUAUCGCUAAUUCCUACAUCGAGGGUAACACAGACUUUAUAUUUGGACAAAGGGCCUCUCUCUGGAUAACCGGUUCCGUGAUCAAGACUCUUGGUGACGGAUGGAUCACCGCUUCCGGACGCUCUUCAGAUGACGCCUUUUGGUACGUUAUUGACAAUUGUGAGAUCACUGGUGCUGGAGGUGCAUACCUCGGGAGACCAUGGAGGGAUUAUGCCCGGGUCGUGUUUCAGAAUUCGGUCCUAGGGAGCAAUGUCCCGUCCGAGGGAUGGUCCAUUUGGAAUGUCGGUACUGACAACGUGACCUUUGCUGAAUACGGUAACACGGGCGACGGGGCUGAUACUUCUGGGCGAGCCAACUUCUCAGAGGUUUUGGAUAGCGCUGUGGAUAUUUCGACAGUGCUGGGUUCGACGAGCUGGAUUGACUCGUCGUUCCUGUGA